UAGACAGUGUUCGACUAUGACUAUUCUUAGUAAGAUGUCAUUUGUGAAGGCAUUCUGAUUUUGCGAAACGAAUAAGUAAACGAAGGGAUUUUUUUUUUAAUUCAAAGAUGAUUUUGAAGGAGUCAAACCGACUUCCUUGACACAAAACAAGGAAUCCGAGUUUCAUUUUAAGGAGUCUAGGACUACCGGACACCGUUAGUGUCAAUCACUGUCGGAUAGUCACAACGCGAUUGGACAAAAGAUGUCUGCUCUCCGCGAACAAAGCUCGGACACAACAUUAACGAGACAAGAAAUAUGUAAGGUUGACAACGACAUGAAUACGCAAUCCAGCGGCGUUAAGUUGUUUGAAAAGGUAUUCUCAGAUAUAAGAUCUGCAGCGAAAGAAAUGAUUCCCCGGAUACAGGAACCAACUGAUAUGCGUUCGCUUGAGGAAAAAACAGCGAUUUUUGAGUCAUCAUUGAGACAAGCGGAAAAGAUGUUCAAAGAUCAGGAUUCUCAUUACCGACGUCUGUGGGAAAGGAGCUGUUUUCUGGAAGCAGCUCUUAAUGCUAGCCAGGAAAAAACAAUUCAAAUGAAACGGGGCUUACAUGAAGAGAAAAUGAAGGAAUGUGAAAUUUUUAAAUCUCAAAUUAUCACAGACCAUUGUAGGGAACUUCUACCGAUAGUAAAAUCAUUAGAAGACAUGAGAAAGAUCUGUGUGAAAAACGAGGAAACUUUUCUGAAGGAACGGACCCUCCUACAACAAUCAUUAGAAGAUAUGAGAAAUAUCUGUGUGAGAAACGAAGAAACUUUUGUGAAGGAAAUGGACGACCUACGAAAUAUAUGUGUGAGAAACGAAUUAGCUUUUGUGGAGGAAAUGGACGACCUACAACAAGAGAUAGCACGCAGAGAAGAAGAUAUUAAAAAACUAAAUUUGCAAUUACUGAAGUCUUGCAGUAAAGAGGACAGAACCGAAUGGCUACGACAAAUUGAAACACAAGAAGAACACAUUUUCAUCCUGAAGAAGAAGGAAAAAAUACUGCAAGACGGAGUGAACACAUUGAAAGAAACUGUCGAGGUACUGAGACGUAAGUCCGAUGUGACCUUAGGCGUUAGCAGUGAAUCCAGUCACCAACUUGAGCUGUUGAUUGAAAAAGAAGCGCAAUGGGAACAAGAAUAUGAUGAGAUUCAAAAAGAACUUAAAAACCAUGACAAGCUGUUGAGCGGUCAUCAGGUGAAUAUGACGGACUCUCCAACUACCAGAGGACUCUCUUCUUUGUCAACAGACAUGUUUGAAAACGACGAGGUUACGCUUCGUAAACACAAUGAUGUGCAAACAUAUUCGACGGAAAUACAAGAAUCUUCCGAAGUUAAAGAGGAAACAACAAAAAAUAAAGAUUGUUCAUCCGACAGCGCUCAGUCAGCUCCGAAUAAACCAGUCAUCAUGGAGCUGCUCGUGUCUGUAGAUAUCAAACAGACUGGAGAUGAUCAGAAGGAACCUUUCCUCUCUGGGCUUGACUUCCUACCAGACGGGAGACUGGUAGCCGUGGAUAACUGGAAUUGGAAAUGUAUCAUAUUGGAUGACCGAUUACAGAUACUAGGAACGCCGUACACGUUCAAUGCAUAUCCAUAUGACGUUGUAUGUCUGGCUCAGUGUGAGGUGGCAGUUGCGAUGUAUAGGACAGUGUGUCUUCUGUCCGUGAGUUCUGACAAUGUCAUCAGUCUGACCAGGCAGAUUAACACAUCCACAGAGGUAGACUCUAUAUGCUGCAUGACCCCAACUACCAUGGUCGUGAACACAUACGAUGAUCCACGUCCAGUGAGAAUGAUACACCAGACCGGUGUGGAGUCUGAUUUUGACCGUGUGCUGUUUAAUAAUAAGACGUACACAUUUGAAGAGAGCAAGUGCACGUAUGUCCCUUCAAAGAACACGUUGGUACUGACUGAUAGGUAUGCUCACACAGUGUACAUGUUCGACACCGUGAAGGGAACGUCUAGAGCAGUCACUAAUGAGAACAUACAGCGACCAAUUGGUGCCUGCGUCGGACCCGGUGACACGGUGCUGGUGUGCAGUGGGGCUAAGAACUCCAUCGUACACAUCACUGUUGAUGGGGACAUUCUAUGUACCUACCAUGUAGAUAUGCAAUUGCCGUAUACCCUGUGUAUGAAAAAUGAUGGGAGCAGAUUGGUCGUGUCUGGUUGUAAAGAGGGAAUGAAGAAAAUGAUGAUGUACAAAUUAUCAUAAAUGGCAUCAUACGUAGCUAUUCAUUUUUUUUACAAUUAUGCAUAUGCUACCUGUAGAAUUCUUUUUGAUUUUUGUUGUAAAGGACUAUCUAGGUUUAUGCUAUUUGAUUUGUAUUCUUGGUUAUAUAAGGAAUGUACAUACGCAUCCGUGUACAAACUGCAACUACACAAAUAAUACAUUUCAACAAAUUACAAGCAUGUGUGAUAGAUAAACGGUUUAAUGGUGUAUUAUGCACAUGUUUAAAGCAGAAAAGUCUCAUCUCUGUUUGAUGUAAAAUAUAACAGUUACUUUUCCUCAGUUACUAUAUGUUAAUUAUGAAAUAAUCAUUGUAUAAAUACUUUUCAACACAUGAUUAUGAACACAACUAUUUUAAUUUAGAAA